AUCAACUCUUUACACCGCGUUGCUCACCUCAUCCCUAUCUACGGCAAACAUUUCAUUCCCCUCGACAUCACGUUACAUGUGUCCUAUGAUGCUUUUUGGGUGUACUAUGUUAAUAAGUAUGUUGAUCAUCACAUGUUUGAAAUCGCAUCAUAA